CUAACACAGUUUUCAAAUAAAGGUCGCGGCGAGUACUUUUGCACCAAUUGGGGAACAUCGUGUCCUGUCAGUAAAUUGUGCAAUAAUAAUAGAGUAUAUAACAUGCCCGGGUAUAAGGUGUCCAGGUUUCCCAAUUUAUCGGUCAAAGAAAAAUCUCAAUACACGUGCAGUUUAUGUGAGGACAUACUCAACUGCCCGAUGACUACCCCGUGUUGUCUGAAAACAUUUUGCGAGGACUGCAUCACCAAAUUGUCUACAAAACAACACUACCUGUCCUUAUGA